GUAUGGAAGCAGUUCAGAAGAGUCUGUUUCUCUCAGAGGGAAAAUGUAUGAAGAGUAGGUGUUUUCAGUGUGGCUUGGCAAAUGUAAGGAAUUAUGUCUAAUAAGAGACAUCUAAGCCUCUGGCCAAAGUUCUGGGGUUUGUGCAUUCUUCUGCUUUUUAUUAGCCCUGUCUCCUGCUUUUCAAAUUUCAGCCAAGCAAAACAACUCAUCUAUAAAAUAAAAGAAGGCUUACCCACAGGAACACUCAUUGGGUCCAUUGGUGUUGACCUGAAACUGGAUUUUGCUGUUGACCCCCCUCUGUUAUUCAAUCUGGCAUUAAACAUGAUUGGUGAAAACUACAUAAGCUUAAAUAACAUAACAGGGGAACUGUACACUUCCCACAGAGAAAUCGACAGGGAAAGUCUUUGUCUUCAACUCUCAGACCGGCAAGACUGCUUCUUGGCCUUGGAUGUGUUCAUCCUUCCUCAGCAAUACUUCCAGCUGGUCAAAAUCAAAAUUCUUGUGGAGGACAUAAAUGAUAACAAACCCACUUUCCUAAUAGAGGAGAUCCACUUAUUUGUUCCAGAGAAUGCACAGGUAAACUCCAGAUUUGCGGUGGAGCAAUCUGCAGUUGACCCUGAUAGUGACAUUAAUGGAAUACAGACAUACUGGCUCGCAAACGAUUAUGGAAUUUUCACUCUGGAUGUGGAAGAGAACGAUGGAGGUGAGAUGACCCCGUUUUUGAUUGUGACAGGAUCCCUUGACAGAGAAGCUAUGAGCGUGUACACAACGAGCAUUAUUGCUGAGGAUGGGGGAUCUCCACCCCUGUCAGGUACUGCCACUCUAAAAAUCUUCAUUACAGAUGUUAAUGACAACUGCCCAAAGUUUACUGAAUCACAGAUCAACAUCACGAUGUAUGCAAACUUCUCAAUAGGCACCCAUAUAGCUAGUCUUCAUGCCUAUGAUCCUGACCUGGGUGAAAAUGGCAAGGUAACUUAUCUGUACAGUGACAGAGUGCCCAGAAGUUUAAGGGCUAUAUUUAACCUGGACAAAGUCACAGGGGUUAUUAAACUAGCCAGCAAACUAGACAUAAACACCAGCAAACAUCACAUGCUUUCAGUUCUCGCAGUCGGACCAGGCUGCAUACCAGCGGUAGCCAAGGUGUCUCUGCAUGUCAUCAGCCUAGUCCCUGCUCCACCAGUUGUGAUACCACGAUAUAUUGCUGCUGAAAAAGAUGGAAUCGUGUCCUUGAAGGAAUCUGAACCACCUCCCUCUCCAAUUGCAUUUUUCACCAUUAAAAAUACUGAGCAGCAAGAAGUGGACUGUCGCUUAGAGGGUGAUGGCCCUUUCAGACUGUCCACUUAUAACCAUUUAAAAAACGAAUAUAUUCUGGAAAUCACAGAUUCACUAGACUAUGAAGAAAUUCAGGAAUAUAAGUUGACUGUGGUAAGUAAUAAUUCUCUUGGUGUGGUCAUUAGAACAUUUAUCAAAGUACAGGUGCUGGACGAAAAUGACAACACUCCAGUUUUUGAGAAGUCCAAUGUUGAUUUAUUCAUCGAGGAAAACAACUCUCCAAAUGCAUUCCUCACCAAAUUGCAUGCCAGUGACAAAGACAGUGGAGGCAGAGGAGAGGUACUUUAUCUGCUGGAGCCUGAUGUUCCUUCAGUUUUCACUUUGGACAGAGUGACUGGGGUUCUUCUGGCAUCCAUGUCACUGGACAGGGAGGAGAAGGAAAAGUACAGCUUUAAGGUGAGGGCUAUGGACUGUGGUUCCCCACGUAGAGAGACCUUUGCCACUGUGACAGUAACGGUAUUGGACAAAAAUGACAACAGCCCACGCUUUAUCAACAAAGACUUCACUUUCUUUAUUCCUGAGAACUUUCCAGACCUUGGGGAAAUAGGAGUCCUCUCUGUGAGCGACGCUGAUUCAGGAAGAAAUGGGUUUGUGGCCCUAUCAAUUGUUAAUGGCAGUGACAUUUUUGUCAUCGACACUGGGAAAGGGGUCCUAAGGGCCAGAACUCCUCUCGAUAGAGAACAGCAGGGCACCUACUACCUGUGGGUUGAGGCCACAGAUGGGGGAGAGCCCUCCCUCUCAAGUGUCACAAUAGUCACCAUUUUACUUCUAGACGUCAACGACAAUGCACCUGUAGUUCUUUUCCCACAGUCCAAUCAGUCCUACCUGUUAGUGCAGCCCACUACUCUCCCAGGGACAUCGAUAACAGAGGUAUACGCUGUGGACAAAGACAGCGGCAUGAAUGCAGUGAUAGUUUACAGUAUCAUUAAAAGAAAGGGAGGUGAACCGGGGUCAUUUGAUAUUGAUCCCAACACAGGGAACAUUACCCUAAAGAAAACUCUGAAUUACAGAGGCCUGUACAGUCUGCUGGUUAAAGUCAGCGAUCACGGUCAACCGGAUCCUCUCUCUUCCAUGGUGAUGGUCAAUCUCUUUGUCAACGAAACAGUCGCCAAUGACAGCUAUGUGCACAGUCUGCUGACAAAAGAUGCGGAAAUGGAAAUGGAGCAUAUUUUAGCAAAGCUCGUGGAAGCACCUAUUAGAAAUGAGGGCUUUCCCUGCCGGCCUGUCUUGAUUGCUGCUGCUGCAGCAUGCCUAGGGCUGCUGAUGAUUGUGAUUUCUUUGGCUGUAUGGAUUUGCAGUAAAAAACAGGGAAAAAAGCAAAUGCAAGUUAAGAGACUGGAGGUGGAAAUCCCAUUGAAAAUGAACAGUGACAGGAACCAAAUGGAUACCUCAGAGAUAUAGCCACAGCUUGCUUCCAGUAUUAGCCAGAUUUUGUCAAUUGUACAAAAGUUUUAAGAAUUUAUUUAAUAAUAAUAUUAAAAAUAAUAUUAAUAUAAUUCAAUGUUUACAUUUCAAAUAUUUUAAGGUACCUGAAAGAAAUCUGAAAGGUCACAAAUGUGUAUGUAAUUGGCUGCAACAAAUGGAAAUCAAUGUAUAUUAAUGGCUUAAUGUUUUCCUAUUUCACUUUCAUAAAAUGACAUACAUACCUUGACACUAAAUAGGAUAAGCGUUUGGGGGAUGGGUGGAUUGAUAUCACAUCUACAAGAAAUGCCCAGGCAUUAUUAAGUAUUUAACACUGCAUAAUAAGUGCGUAUUCUAACUACUGUUACACUAUUAUAAGGCAUUUUUAAUUCCCUCUCAUUUCCAUAAUUGUCGAAAAAGUUUAAUUUUCUUUUUUUAUUAUUAUUAUAAUUGGGUAAAUCCUCUUAGAACUGUUUUCAGUUUCAAAAAGUCUAAAGGUCGAUUUAAACCUUGGUAUUUUUUAAUAUUGUGCAACCCUAAAAACCUAAAUAUUAAAAAUUAUAUGUUUUCAUAA